GAUAUCGAGGCCCUGCUCCUGACUUGAUCUUCCGCAUCCAGCGAGGACAGGUGGAGCUCUGGGUCCGUGAUGAUGAGGAUCGUGGGGAAAUGCGGAAGUCACAGGACGUGCUGCCAGUUUCACCUGGUCCUCCAACCUGGUCCGGCACUGUGCACCAGCGCAUCCACACUGGGGAGAAGCCACAUCGCUGCUCUGUGUGUGGGAAGAGCUUCGCCCUAUCCUCCUCCCUGACUGUGCACCAGCGCAUCCACACUGGGGAGAAGCCACAUCGCUGCUCUGUGUGUGGGAAGAGCUUCGCCCUAUCCUCCUCCCUGACUGUGCACCAGCGCAUCCACACUGGGGAGAAGCCACAUCAGUGCUCUGUGUGUGGGAAGAGUUUCACCUGGUCUUCUGCCCUGAUCCGGCAUCAGCUGAUCCACACAGGGGAGAAUCCAGAUCAGUGCUCUGUGUUUGGAAAGAGUUUCACCUCAUCCGACAGCCUGGUCCGGCAUCAGCUGAUCCACACGAGGGCGAAGCCACAUCAGUGCUCUGAGUGUGGGAAGAGUUUCACCUGGUCCUCUGUCCUGGUCCGGCAUCAGCUGAUGCACACGGGGGAGAAGCCACAUCAGUGCUCUGAGUGUGGGAAGAGUUUCACCUCGUCCUCCUCCUUGACCGUGCACCAGCGCAUCCACACAGGAGAGAAGCCGUAUCAGUGCUCUGAGUGUGGGAAGAGCUUUAGGUAUUCCUCCCACCUGGCCGAGCACAAGCGCAUCCACACAGGGGAGAAGCCAUAUCAGUGCUCUGUGUGUGGAAAGAGCUUCGCGCGAUCCUCCCACCUAGCCCAGCACCAGCGCAUCCACAAAGAAGAGAAGCCGCGUCAUUGCUCUUAGUAUAGUCAGAGCUUUACCUACUCCUGCAGCCUGUGCUGAACACCAGUGCAUCUACACGGGAGAAACUACAUCGGUGCUCUGAGUAUUGGAAAAGCUUCACCCAUCUCUCCCACCUGUCCUGGAAUCAGCACAUGCACACCCAAAAGCAUCCCUAAUUCUGCCAGCAAUGCAGGAAGGGCUUGGAGAUGUCUGCCUGCUCAGCACCCACCAGUGCUGCAUUCAGACAAGCACCCCCAUGCCGGUGGUCUGCAGAAACAUUUCCCCCAGGCUGUGUCCCUUGUAGGGUACAGUGGGAGUCCAGAGCCCAGAGGCUGGCCCACAAGGAUUGAUUGUGGGGAGGGGCUAAGGAGAAACACCUCAGGUAGAAGUCAGCCCCCAUAAGGGGAAAGGAGAAGAGGAGAUGAUCUUGCAUCAGCCUUGGAGCCUGUGCAUUCCCCAUCCUUCCCUAAAAGCAGAUAGUACUCUCAGGGGAAGAAGUGCCUUAACGGUAGGGUGCCCUCCCCCAGACAGCUGGCCUGAAAUGACACCCAGGGACUUUCCUUAGCUGCCUCCCAGCUUUUUCCUUCCUCCUGGUCCAGGGCUUCUGGUAUAUGAGCCCCUGAGUUGGAGGGAGGAGUGCAUUUCUGGCUGGGCAGCAUUCCCUACCCUACUCCCUGACCUCGCCUUUCCUCACCCCGACAUCACCCCUCUCCCAGUGCUGCCCAUGCCCAGUGGGGUCUGCCAGGAGCUGCUACUGCCACCCCCUGAGCUGGUUGUUAGACCCCGACUCUAUGCGAUGCCCAAAACUAGGGAGGCAAUGGAUCGAUGCACAAAUUGCUUGUCAACUGCUUUAUUCCAAGUGGAGACAGCUUCGGGCCAGCUUCAAUAAACAGGGGAGCUGCAGUGAA